AUGCAGACCUCACUUCUUCACGAGCUAGUUGUUGGAACUCCAGUCAUAUAUGACCAGUUUCAAAAGCCUGAUAACAGAUACUUGCUUGAUUCUGCCUCUCAUAAAAUAAAGUGCUUCGAUGUUUCAGGUAGAGUAUGUUCUAACCAGAAAAAGCGCAGCAGGAAGGCUGAUACUAAUAUAGGGACAAGCAUAUCUGAAACUAUUAAAAGGAAUUUGAGCUUAGGGGCUCGAAUUCUUCAAAUGGGUGGAAUUGAGAAAAUGUUCAUGAAAUAUUUUAGUGUGGUCGAGGGGGAGAGGCUGUUGAAAGUUUGCCAUUGUUAUCUGUCCACCACAUCUGGCCCUCUAGCUGGUCUCCUCUUCAUCUCCACUGAAAAGGUUGCCUUUUGUAGUGAGAGAUCAAUAAAAGUAUUUAAUCAGAAAGGGCAAAUGUGUAGGAUCCACUAUAAGGUUUCCAUUCCGGUGAAGAAGUUAAAGUGUGUGAGGCAAAGCGAGAAUGUUGAGAAACCAAGAGAGAAAUACAUAAAUAUAGUGACAGUUGACAAUUUUGAUUUCUGGCUAAUGGGUGUAUCAAAAUAUCGUAAGACUUAUAAAUAUCUGGAGCAGACAGUUUCUCAAGCUUAG